AUGCCUCUAUCAGCCACUUCUCACUCCAGCUCUGCGCAGGCGCAUCUGGAAGCAAGAGAGUCUGCAGCGGCUCUUGGUCAAGAUCUAUUGCUACAGUCAAGGGAGACUGGCGAAAUUCUACCUCAAGGGACGCAACCCAUCACACAAGAUGGCAAAAAGAGCCAAGCGAAGCCUUUCGCCCAUUUUGUCGCUGGCGGAAUUGGUGGAAUGACCGCCGCGACUCUUACCUCUCCUCUUGAUGUCCUGAAAACCCGGUUACAGUCCGACUUCUACCAAGCCCAGCUCAAGUCUCUUCGUGCCGCUCACCCAUUGCCACCAUCUAACUCACUUGCUUCACUUCCACGGACCGCUAUGAUGCACUUUAGCGAGACCUUCCAGAUAUUGCGCUCGAUACAUGUCCAUGAGGGCUGGCGCGCACUGUUUAAGGGCCUUGGACCCAAUCUCAUUGGCGUUGUUCCGGCACGCGCCAUUAACUUUUACGUAUAUGGAAACGGAAAGCGGAUACUUAGCGACUACUUUCAAUACUACGAUUCCAAGGAGACGCCCGUCGGAAUCCAUCUGACGGCGGCCGCCGUAGCAGGAAUUGCCACAGGAACGGCCACCAACCCAAUCUGGCUGGUAAAGACACGCUUACAACUAGACAAGUCUAACGCCGUGAAUGGCAAAGGCCGUCAGUAUAUGAACAGCUGGGACUGUAUCAAACAGACGGUGCGCCACGAGGGCAUUCGAGGCUUGUACAAGGGACUUUCCGCAUCAUACCUCGGUGUGACCGAGUCAACUCUACAAUGGGUGAUGUACGAACAAAUGAAGAUGUACUUAGCGCGCAGGGAAGCAGCCAAGCGUGCUGAUCCCAAUCACAUCUACAACGUCUGGGACGAUGUGGAGUUGUGGGGUGGUCGAAUCUGCUCCGCGGGCAUGGCGAAACUGAUUGCUGCGGCCGCCACGUACCCCCACGAAGUUGUCCGAACGAGGCUGAGGCAAGCCCCCACUCUAUCUGUGGGGGAUGGCAAGGUUCAGAUGAAAUACACCGGUCUUGUGCAGUGCUUUAAAACUGUGUGGAAGGAGGAGGGUAUGGUCGGAUUGUAUGGCGGUCUCACACCGCAUUUGCUGCGUGUAGUUCCGUCAGCCGCCAUCAUGUUCGGAAUGUAUGAGGUGAUUCUGCGCGUUUUCGGAACGACUUCAUAG